ACUGGCACGCAGCUAUGCCUGAUACCUCUACUUUUCCACCGCCGCCAACAUUAGGCUUCUUAUCGUCGAGAAACGGGAACGCCUCUAGAGACGAUGCAGAACGUGCACAUGAAUUUUGUGACAAGUUUCCUCUAUACAUGCCUAUUAAGCCAUCAGCCACUGUGUAUAUGUCUGUACAAGAGCAUGACCUUCGUCCUGUGCUGCCAAAAGAAUUUCAUGGUACCUUUGCCCUUGUUUCUCGAGGCUGUUGGAAGGGAUCUACCAGGGCUAGAAAUGGUGAUACCUUGAUAUCAACAAAUCUUCCGCUCUACUUUCCCGCUAUGGAUUCACCUUUCAUCACUGAGAAGAGUAAAACUAUCUACUUCGAAGUCAAGCUGCUCGGACUCCGCGAAGGGCCAGGCCCGGGGCCGGUACCUACUGAUUCCAGUGGGUUCUCUAUUGGGUUUACAGCGCAUCCGUAUCCGUACUGGCGGUCUCCCGGCUGGGAAAGAGGAAGCAUUGGCAUAUUCUCUGACGAUGGAUGCCGUUUUGUGAAUGAUUCGUGGGGUGGUAGAGAGUUCACAAGUGCAUUCGCCGUGGGUGAGACUGUGGGCCUGGGAAUGACUUUUCGUCACCCAGACAGCUCGAGCACAAAUCUGAAAAGCAAAAUUAAAAAGUGUAGAGUGGACAUCUUCUUUACUCGGAAUGGUCACCUGGUAGGAGGCUGGGACCUUCAGGAAGAAGUUGAUGAAGAAGCUGGAAGUAUUGAGGGAUUAGAGGGAGACUUCGACCUUUACGGUGCGAUUGGAUUGUUUGGGGGCGUAGACUUCGAGGUAUGCUUCAACCAAGCAGGUUGGUUAUGGAAGAUGUAGUUAUACUAAGGCUGUUAUUGCGUAUCGUCCUGGAAGGGAAGUAUAGCAAAUGGGUUAAAUUUAGCUUAAUACAACUGGCAGACCUAUUUAGUUAACGUCUUCAUCAUGAGGACAUAUUCUCAGCAUUUGUCAGAGGUACGUUGUCGAAGGGCACAAAGAAGGAGAUACAGAACAAGAAUAGAGAAUUUGCAGAAAAGACGACAGUAACCAUUUAUGUACAGGACUAACAUAUGUGCCUGGCAAAGUCCGUUGCGACCAUUGCGCCUUCCUAGGCAAGAGGAUAGAAGAUCACAGGGGAAAAAGAAAAGAAAGGAAAAGAAAAUGAAGGAAACGCCACAGAGUCCAUCGUGUUCAACAUGCCGUGGGAGGGUG